AUGAGUCUCUUUCCCUUCUCCUUCAAGGAAAGAGCCAAACAUUGGUUUCAUUCCUUAGCACCAAACUCCAUUACUUCUUGGGCUCAAUUGCAACAAGAAUUUCUGAAGAAGUAUUUUCCCAUAGGAAAGACCAAUGAUAUUAGGAGAGCUAUCAUUAGUAUCUCCCAAUAUGAGGGAGAACAACUGUAUGAGACCUGGGAAAGACUCAAGGACCUACUUAGAUCAUGCCCACACCACGCUGUCCCGAAGUGGCAACUAGUGCAAAGCUUCUAUGAAGGCUUGACUGAGCCUAAUAGAGAAAUGGUAGAUGCAUCUUGUGGGGGAAAAUUUAUGAUGAAAAGUGAGGACGAAGCAUGGACAUUGUUUGAAAACUUGAGUAAUAAUUCCAUUCAGCAUGCAUCCACUAGACGUAGAGCACCUGUACCUAAAGCACCAAAGACCGAAGGUCUUUUUGAAAUAGGACAUUCUUCAGAUGUAGCUACUCAAGUAGUUGAUGCUAUCACUAGGAAAUUAGAUCAAAUGAUGGUUGCUGGUUUUGCUCCUAAUUCUACUCACAUGUACACACAGCACGCACCAUGGUCAUUCUAUUCUAGUCCUAUGCAUCACACAAAUGAUUGUCCUACUGCAGGAAAGUUUUCUGAUGAUUCAACUGCGCAGGUCAAUGCAACUUUUUCACAUCCGGGUAAUGAUCCAUACUCCAAUACUUAUAUCCUAGGGUGGAGAAAUCAUCCUAAUUUCUCAUGGAAGACUCAAGAUUCAAGUAACUCAGUCCUAGGGUUGCACAAUCAAGCUCAAUCUAACAGGCAGUCCUACCAAUCUUCUUCCACAUACCGCCCUGCACAGCAGUGGUCUCAAGCUACACAUCUCCUCGAUUGGAUUAUGAUUUUCAAGAUCAGAUGUUACAAUUUAUGA